CUUGCCUACCUUUUUCUUCCUCCGCUCCACGCCUUCACCUCUGUCUCUCUCUUUCCCUCUCUUGGCCUUUCUUUCCUAGCGGCGACCACAAGGCGGGCUGCGCCGUCCUUGGCCAGGUCUUCGCCGGCGACGACCAUCCGCCAGGACAUAGCUGUUGCUCUUCUUCCUCGGUGGAGUGUCCAUGAGGUGGAUGCAGCAUUCCUAGCGCUAGGAUCCGUGGCUGAAUGGGGACAAUGAAAGGGGUAUCCGAAGGUCUGAUCAUCGGAAUCACAGUUGGGGUGGUGAUAGGUGUGCUGCUGGCAGUAGGAAUCCUGCUGUGCUUUAGGUACCGACGUUCCCGGGCGCAGAUAAGGAGUAGCAGCUCAAGGAGGGCAUCGACAGUUCCCAUCCGCACCAAUGGUGUUAAUGUGUCUGCCAUGCUCUCGAACUCGACUACAGGGCAGGAGUCUCCAAGGGAGCUUGAAGACUGUGGGAGUUCUCUGUGGAUUGAAGGGCCUGGCAGAAAGAACAUGAUUUCGGCUUCUGGAAUACCCAAAUAUGCAUACAAGGAACUACAGAAAGCUACCAGCAAUUUCACAACAUUAUUAGGCCAAGGAGCCUUUGGUCCUGUUUACAAAGCAGACAUGUCUUCUGGUGAGAUACUGGCUGUUAAAGUGCUUUCUAACAAUUCAAAACAAGGCGAAAAGGAGUUUCAUAAUGAGGUCUUACUUCUUGGACGAUUGCACCACAGGAAUCUGGUGAAUUUGGUUGGCUAUUGUGCUGACAAAGGGCAACAUAUGUUAUUGUAUGCAUACAUGCCUAACGGGAGCCUUGCAUCACACUUAUACGGUGAAAACAGUGCACCACUGAAGUGGAAUUUGAGAGUCAACAUAGCUCUGGAUGUGGCUAGGGGUUUGGAGUACUUGCAUGAUGGGGCUGUUCCUCCUGUAGUUCACCGUGACAUCAAAUCGCCAAACAUUUUGCUGGAUCAGUCCAUGCAGGCUAGGGUUGCGGACUUUGGAUUAUCAAGAGAGGAAAUGGUUACUCGAAAUGGAUCCAAUAUUCGAGGAACUUAUGGAUAUCUUGAUCCAGAGUAUGUAUCCACACGAUCAUUCACAAAGAAGAGUGAUGUGUACAGCUACGGUGUUUUGCUAUUCGAACUGAUUGCUGGCAGAAACCCACAACAGGGUCUAAUGGAAUAUGUUGAGCUUGCUGCAAUCAACGCUGAUGGAAAAACUGGGUGGGAGGAAAUUGCAGAUUCUCGGUUAGAAGGCGCAUUUGACGUGGAAGAGCUCAACGACAUGGCUGCUAUUGCUUACAGAUGCGUAAGCCGUGUGUCCCGCAAGCGCCCAGCGAUGCGAGACGUGGCCCAGGCUCUGACCCGUGUGUUGAAGCACAGCCGCAGCAGGAAGCAUCACAGCAAGAAGCAUCCUCAGGCAAGGGCGGACGACGAAUCUGUUGACUUGGAGGCCUCUGAGGUUCAGUCUUCAUUCUCUGGCCUUCAGAGAGAAGAAUCAGUUGGUAGUGUUUCCGAUCUGCCAGAUGUCUGACCUAUAACCAAAUUUUCGACUAUAGUUGUUCUUUUUUCCGGUUUGUGCAAUUCUUUUGUUUUGUCGAUACGAAAAGUGCUGCAACCAAGGAUAGAAUUGUUGGGUAGAUGCAGUUUUGAGCAGUAGGGGUGAGUGGUGUGAAGAUCUGACAAUUGUAAGUGUGUUGUAUAGAAUGCAUUGUGACUACUUGAUAAAUAGAAGCUGAUUUUUACCAUUUCCA